CCUAAAUCCUCUGCUGAAGGACUAAACCCCGGAACACCAGGCGUUCCAGCAUUUAUCAUCCGAGCGUGCUGAAGGACUGAUGAUUUCACUCCAAGUCGGGGUAGUGUGGCGUCUGCUGCUGACGGUGUUCCUAUCAUCCUGCUUCAGUGCUAAUAAUGACGGCAAGGAUGUCGAGCCGCAGAGUUGCCAUGAAAGCUGUCGACUGGAUGGCGUUUGGUGAGCGGGUCCCACCAAACCAGAGAGCCAUGUUCAAUGCACUGAAAACUCGAAGUGACGCCCUGUCUAGCAGGUUGACAACACUUCCAGAGAAACCUCUAGCCCUUGACUGGAGCUAUUAUAGGAACAUUAUUGCAAAACCUGGAAUGGUGGAUGAGUUUGAAAAGAAGUACAAUGCUGUAAAGGUUCCAGAACCCAUUGACACACAAGGGGAGAAAAUUAAUGCUCAGGAGCAAGAGGCUAAUAAGAGUGCUCAAAGUUAUUGCCAGGCUUCAAAGGAGAGGAUUUCCAAAUAUGAGAAAGAGUUAGCGAAAUUCAAAAGCAUGGUUCCUUUUGAACAGAUGACUAUCGACGAUCUGAACGAUACUUUCCCUGAAACCAAGCUGGACAUGGUGAAGUAUCCCUAUUGGCCCCACAAGCCCAUCAGUGACCUGUAAUUGUCCCUGUGAUAUCUGCAGAUGUAAUUCUAUUAUAAAAUAAAGCAAUGUUCAAUGUUGA